CCCACACGUCGCUAGUUUCAUCCUCAUGGAGUUAACGAACUUCUGUUAGUCAAAACCAAGUCAGGGUCACGUGUCCGUGGCAAGUGAGUGUUGAUGCCGGCGGUCUGUGAACGUGACACCGCGAGCCUCCGGUAGCUUCAGUGCGUUAACCAAUGACAACGGUUGCAGUCCUCGGAGGAGGGAUUGGGGGUCUGGCAGCAUCCUACUACCUGUGCAAGAGCCCCCAGGUUACCAAGGUCAUCGUGUUGGAGUCCAGCAGCCGCUUGGGAGGUUGGCUGUGGUCCACCCGCAGGUCCGAUGGGGCGGUGUUUGAACACGGACCCAGAGGGAUCCGACCUGCUGGGGCAGUGGGACGCAACACACUCAACAUGGUGGAGGACCUGGGUCUCGAGGGGGAGAUUCUGCCAGUCACCUACAGCCACGUGGCCUCAAAGAACAGAUAUGUGUACGUCAACAGGCGACUCCACAGGAUGCCUUCAGGAAUGAGUGGACUUCUGCGCACCGUGCCGCCCUUCUCUCGUCCCCUCCUGCUGAGCGUUGCCGGGGAGAUACUGGUGAGGAAGGGCAAGGGCGAAGACGAGUCCAUCCACUCGUUUGUCUCCAGGAGGCUGGGGAAGGAGCUGGCGGACAUAGCUGUGGACAGUUUGUGUCGUGGCGUGUUUGCAGGGGACUGCAGGAUGUUGAGCGUGCGCUCUUGUUUUCCCGCCUUGUACCAUGCAGAGCAGCGCAGAGGCUCUCUGACGCUCGGCAUGCUGCUGGACUCAGGUCCAGCUCCGGUGGUCCCCCCUGGUCCUCUGGCUCAAAGGUCUGUUGAUGAGUCGUGGGCCCAGUGGUCCCUGAGGCGGGGAGUGGAGUCCCUCCCAGAGUCCAUCGGCGAGUACCUGCAACACAGUGGCAGAGUGCAGCUUCACAGAGAGGCAGCGGUUCAACAGAUCAGUCCUUCGCCGUCCGGCUGGAAGAUCACACUGGAGGAUGGAGUCGUGUCAGCUGACCACAUCAUCUCUGCACUGCCUGCUAAAGCCCUCUCCUCGAUCCUGCCCUCCUCCUGUCAACCCCUCAUCCAGCUGCUGCAGGACAUCGCCACGGUAACAGUUGCUGUGGUGAAUCUGGAGUACGAGGGUUCAGUCCUGCCUGUAGAGGGGUUUGGCCACCUGCUGCCAUCGUCAGAGGACAGGGGUGUACUGGGGGUGGUCUACGACUCUGUCCCCUUCCCCCAACACAACAGACCGGAAGGACAGACGACCAGACUGACGGUGAUGAUGGGCGGCGCCUGGUUCCAGGAAGUGUUCGGGGACCCCGGGGCGGUGACACAGGAGGCUCUUUUAGCUAAAGCCACCGAGGCAGUGAGCUGCCAGCUGGGAGUCAGCACCGCGCCCAGCUGGAGUCGGGUGACUCUACAGAAGGACUGUAUACCUCAGUACUACCAAGGACACUACCGCAGAGUGGAGUCCAUGCGCAGCUUCAUAAGGGACAAAAGCCUCUCGCUGUCUCUGAUUGGCUCCUCCUAUGACGGUGUGUCGGUCAACGACGUCAUCUUCAGUGGACGAACUGCUGCACAGGAGCUGUUGGGUUCAGUUUGACAGCAGGUGGAUCCGUGUGUGUUUCCAGAGUCAAGUAUUUAUAUGUAAAACAUCUUAUAUUUUUCUGCCUUCCCUGAAAAUAUUGACUAUUUUCUUCAGCACAAAUGUGUACAACCCAUGUUGAAUUGUAAUAUUAUAGUGUCUUAAUAUAAAGGUUUGGGUUGUAAUACAUCAUAUUAUUGCUUUGGGUGCUUUGGAUUUUCCUACCGAUAGUACAAUAUCCCAUAUAUCAUGUCCUGCUGUUAUGGACAUGUGUUAAACACAUUUUGAUCAAACAUUGUGAUAUCUUGGUGUAUACAUGAAAAAGUUAAAACUGAGAAUCCCAAAGUAGACACUGUUUCCCCUGCCAUUCAAUUAGGCCCCAACAAAGUAUUUUUUUAAACGUUUACAAUUAUCAACAAGGAUUAAGCUUUUCAUGCCCAAUAAUAACAAUAAUUGACUACAUCAUUGCUUUCAGGGUUUGAUAUAUUGUACAUAUGUAAAGCCCUCAUGAAUAAUAGUUGAGUUAAUGCCAUUUGUUAUUAACAAAUACCUACUUGUAAAAUACCUUCACCUCUCAUUUUCAUAAAAAGGUUGGAAACCACUAAUAAUAAAUAAAGUGAAGUCA